UGUAAGCUAGUUGUUCGUACGUUAACGCGAGUGACGUGUUCCAUUUUUGAAUUUUUUCGAAUUUUCUUUUUUUGUGUUGUGCUUGUGUGUGUUUAUUGCGGAUGAGUGGGUUGAUCAUGUAACCGGAUUAAAACACCACAGAGAUGUCCACAAUACUGUCCCAAGCGAUGUACCGACGAGACAGCGACAGCCCAGACAAACCUCUCGAAAUCGACCAGGAAUCGAAUCCAGACCCGAGCCGAUCAAAUAGUCCAAAAAACAUGAAAUUCUACAAACAGCUAGACGAAGAUAAAACACUCUUGAACCAUGGAAAGAAAUCUUUCUGCAUCGACGCGCUAUUAUCAAAACAUAUGGAACCGGAUCAGACUAUACAAGAGAGAAUGGCACAGCAAAAAUAUUUGGCGUUAAUACAAAACAAAUCCUACAUUACAAGAUAUCAAAAUGAUAAUUACGACACCCAAAUUGAGCAGAACACGAUCAGCAAAUGUCAGAACCGGCCGCCGAGUCAGAACUUUGGACCGGAAAGCCCUAGAUCGGGUCAGAGCAGUCCUAGAAGCGGUUCCCCUGGGUCAGAUGAUGGGAAUAGAUCAGAGAGUUAUAGCCCUCCAAUUUCUCCAGGUGUGGAAGGAGGGAACGAGGAAUAUGAUAGCUAUAGACCAGGUAUCAUUCCAAAACCUGGUCUACUCCAACCGCCGAUCCAGGCGCCGCUCUUCAACUACCCACCCCCAGGAUUGAGCCUCCCGCAGGCCUCUGCCUUCCAUCACCCCGGCGACCGGGUGUUACACCAGAUGCAGCUCGAAUGGCUGGCUAGAACUGGUAUGUUCUAUCACCGAAUACCGGAAUUGGGAGGAGCACCUCACGCUCUCCUCGGCAAGACAAGGCGUCCACGGACAGCCUUCACCUCGCAGCAGCUCCUGGAACUCGAGAAGCAGUUUCGUAUGAACAAAUACCUGUCAAGACCAAAACGAUUUGAAGUCGCUACCAGCCUGAUGCUCACCGAGACCCAGGUAAAAAUAUGGUUCCAAAACCGAAGGAUGAAGUGGAAGCGUUCAAAAAAGGCACAACAGGACACUAAAAGUAAGGAACCGCACGUCAGCCACCCAAACGACGACAAAAACAAACAGAAAGAUCUUCCCUCGUCCGAACACGAAAAACAACCUUCACAACAAAUGGCCGCCGAUUUGACAUCUGUCAAACCGCCCCCGAUGUUAGACAGGGACAGAAUCAUCGCUCUGGAGCGAGAGAGAGCUAUGGCGGCAGCAAACUUCAAUUCUAAUUUGGAAAACAAUAGACGUGGGUUGGUCGUUAUGAACCAAGAUGGCGGCAGGCCCGGUAUGGACAUGUUUAGGCCGUAUGUAGUAUGAAAAUAAAUAACUUUUUGUUUCUUUAUCAAAUUAGGUUUUUUACUUAGUAAAGAUACUGAGAUAGCUUAAUAAAUGUCAUGUUUAAUUUAGGCUGUCCGUUUAUAAAAGUUAAUCUAGUCUUUACAAACAUUUACCAUAAGUAUUACUUUACGUUUUAUACACUUGUAAGUAAAAGUACUUAAAGUUUGUUUUCUUUUUCAAUUUUAUUUAAUGUUUU